AUGGCGUUCCAAACAAGCGUUUUGAGAGACGGCGAGUGGGUCACCGAAACCGUCAACCUCCACGCCGCUCUGCAACAAGCCUCUGCCUCAGCGUCUGGCCCCAUGCCGGUCCUCGAAAAGCCUCCACGGCCACCCAUAUGCGGCAUCCUAUCCAGAACUGUAGUCGAGAGCCCCAUCGUUCAUUGGGUCCUGCCCGUUCGCCUGAGGUCGAAGGCGCACAAUGACAUCGCUUUCAUAGGAGACCACUUCGUGCAGAUAAAUGAGCUCCGCAGCGAUGGCCAGCUGCACCAGGUCGCCCGAAAAUGCGACUUUGGCGCAAGGAUCCGUAGCGCCGCUGUGCUCGGUGACCCUCUUGAACACGGUCUCGACGACGAAACCUCCGAUGCCAUAGUAAAGGCAGAGGAUUCCGACACAGCCAUGCCGGACGCCUCAGAAUCACCGGCAUGUGCACGUGAAGGGCUGCUACCCCCGAAACUUCUAGUACUGGCGCUUGACACGGGGGACAUCGUCUUCCUCUUCUUGAAAAAGUCUCGCCACUCUACUCUCGAGUUUGUUGUGUCCAAGUACAAGACGCCAAGGAAGAUAUCCUUCUUAGGGUUUCAUCUCGCCGUGGACCCAUCGUCUCGUUACAUGGCUGCCUCGUCCCCAGACGGCAUUCUCGUCAUGUACGAAAUCAACGACAUGUCGACCCUCAACGCCCAGUACAAGUCGACGGGGUCCUUUGCGCCAGUCAAGUCUGUCCGACUCCGGGCGAUACAUGGUGUUGUACACAAGCUGGAGUUCCUGUACCCCCGGCUCGCGGAUGACUACCACAUCAUUCUGAUCCUGAUAGUGAUCCGGGAGGAUAGGAGGCACGCCGAGCCCGUGACCCGUAUGGUCACCUACGAGUGGGAGGUUGGCGACAGCCUCAAGGAGGUCUUUGCAGAGGAAAAAAUGGGCAACAGGCUGCCCAAAGAACACAAGAUGCCACUACUUCUGAUCCCGCUCAGGUUCAACAACGCCUUCUUCACCGUCUCCUCGAAGUUUGUCGGCAUUGUCAAAGAUUGCCUCUCUGGAGCUCCGGUCUUCGAGUCAUUGCGUACCGACCCUCCCAGCCGAACAGACUUGCACCAGGGCUCUGCUGCACCAUUAUGGACCGCAUGGUCACGUCCAUUUCGGCGAAGGGGCUACUUCGAGCGGACGGACAUCAUCUAUCUCGCGAGAGAAGACGGUGCCAUCAUUCACAUCGAGAUUGAAGCAAACGACCUCGUGCCUUCUGUGACCAACGUUGGGUGCCUGAAUUCCAACAUCAACACGGCUUUUGCAACGGCGUAUGAUGUCUUCUCGGAUAUCCUGAUCAUCGGGGGCGACUCCGGACCCGGAGGUGUGUGGAAGCUUGCGCCUCGGUCUGAGCUUGAGCAAGUUAGCAUCUUGCCAAACUGGUCACCUGUUGUAGACGCUGCCACAAACGCUCCUCGACCCACAAUCGAAAACGUGGUCAAUACAUCUGGAGAGGGACGACAGCCGAACCCUCAAAAGGCAAUGCCGAGACCAGAGACUCUCUUCACAGCGUCAGGUCGUGGGCUGAAGGGGAGCGUAACGCAAUGGCGAUGGGGCGUCCAGGGGAGAAUUGGCCUUGACAUUGAAACCGGCGAGCCCAUCAGACAGUCUUGGGCAUUUGCGCUGCAGAGCCAGGGUCGACGCGGCUUGUCGGCACUACUAUCUCUCCCCCAUUCGUCCGCAGUCCUUUCCUUCUCCGAGGACUUCAAUCAGGUCACGCCACUCACCGGCGAUGAUACCCCGUUUGAUGUCACUUGCCGGACAUUGGCUGCUCGGGAAUCACCGUCGGGAACCAUCGUUCAAGUCACGGAACGCCUCGUAACGCUCAUAAACGGCCAGGCGUGCUCACGGUUCUCGUUCGAUCUCAUGCUCGGACAAGAGGGUUUCGCAGCCGACCAUGCAUCGGUUGCUGACGAUACGGUGGUUGUCUCUACGCACGGGCCGGAGGGCUCUCAGCUGCAUACGUUUACUAAGACAGGAGCGAGAAUUAUCCGAGGCAACUCGUGGAACGUUGAAGGAGAAGUCACAUGCGUGUCGCUCUUCACAGCCUCAAAUAACGCUUUCGUCAUCGCAGGCUCCGUUCUGGACGGGGUAUCUCGAAUAUCAGCGUACUCCACGGAUGGGAUACUGGCCGCUUCUGAGGCGCUUGUGCGACACACAGACAAGGAUCCUGAUUUCGAGCCUCUGACGAGCAUUUGCGUCGCAAGUCAGGACCGAGGUGAUGUGCACAUAGUCGCAGGGACGAGAUGCGGCCACCUCCUACGCGUCACAAUCUUUGCCUCGGGGCUUGAGCGUGUCACAUGGUCUGCUGAGACGAUUGGAGUGGCACCUGUAGAGGUAUACCCUUGCUCCGGCCCAUUCGAUGGCACUACUGCGGCGCUCAUGUGCUGCGACAACAACUUGUCCAUAAUGAUGGACUUCUCAGCAAAAUCCGGAACGUUCCGCAAAAAGCAUUAUAUCUGGCUGACGGAUGCUAAUGACGCGUCAAUGUCGCCACCCGCUGUGCAUUCCGUCGCGAGCCUGUCACUGAACCUCUCGGGGUAUCCCGGGCAUAUGUCUCUCAUGAUUCAAGCGGGCUCCAGGUUGCUUCUAGCGGAAAUAUGGCCCCAUGUCGGGCCAGUGCCCAGAAGCAUACCUGUCGGAGGCACCCCAACUAGAAUCAUAUACUCACAUACAUGGAAUUGCCUGGUAGUGGCCCUGCUCCAAGGAGACCGACCUACCUUGGCCUUUGUCGAUCCGGACUCCGGCGAAACCCUGUCGGUGCCAUCAGACAAGGACCACAACCCUUCAGACUUCGUUUCAGGACUUGGCUAUCCUGGCGACAGGAUAUAUGGCCUAUACGAGUGGCUGUAUGUCAAGGACGGCAGGACAUUUGCCUUCAUUCUUGUUGCGACGAAGGACGGGAGGCUCCUCAUAAUUUCCGUCAAUAGGGUCAAGGCGCGAGCGGGCGAUGGCCAGGUCAAACGAUUGCACUACUGGACGCGGUACAAGAAGGUUCUCGGGGAGCCGAUAUACUCGAUUGUCGGUGAUGAUCUUGGGAUCAUUUAUUGUGUCGACAAGGUUGUGCAUUGGGAGGUGCUCGACUUGGUGGAGAAGAAGCUGAGGCCGAUGGGUGCAUACCGGCUGGACUCACCUGCAACGUCUCUCCAAGUGGUGCAGGGCCACAUCUUUGCCCUGACCACGCUCCAUUCGCUCGAAAUCAUCGACUACAAGACAAGUGGCACGGGAGACAUGGCACUCAUUCAUUCUGAUCGGAUCACCCGGAGGACAACACACAUGAUUGGCGCUGGUCCUUUGUCUGACCGACCCGACCGUUGGCCGGUGACUCUGCUCUCGGACCAGAGAGGCGGCAUCGCAGGGAUUUGGAUUCCCUGGCACCAGCGCUACAAGGAGUUUAAGGUGGUCUUUGAGGGGCUGCUCCCGACAGCGGUGAGGCGAUUUGUUGCGCUGCGAGGCAAACCCCUGUGGCUGGCAGACGGACGUGAGACUCUGUACGGUACAGUGCCAUGCACGAGCUAUGGGGCCGACAUAGUAGGGGUUUCACUGGACGGCUCGCUGCAGCACUUCACGCUGCUCGACUUCGACCUGUGGCGGUUCCUUUACUUGAUACAGAGCAUGGCCCGCCGCAGCCCUCAGGUCUGCUCAGUAGCGAUAACACCGGCGCCGGGCAACUCUGGCCGCGGCGGCGGGGAUGAGACGUUGGAGGACAACUACGACUGGGACGGCGAACUGGGCGAGCUGGAGCCAAGCCUGCAUCCGGGGCUCAUGCACAUCGACGGGGAUAUUCUAGAGCGGUGCCUCCAACGGCGGGCCCUGGAGGAACUCGUACAGGACGCCGGUAGGUUUCGCCUGUUCUGUCAGUACCUGGACCGGCUGGAAGGCGGGCGCCACACGAGAGGCUUCGAGGCCGACUCGACGGGAGACGAAGAGAGACGCGGCAGAUAUUUGGGGUUGGCAUAUGAAAUUCUGGCCUACUUGUUAGACGUGGUCAUGUAA